AUGGCCUCUUCAGUGCCGUUAAUCGAGAGUUCUACUACUCGGCAGGCACUGCUUCAUACAGGUUCAAUCAUAGCGGCCUCCGCUCAGGCGUUUUUCUUGGUCCUGCCGUCAAAAAUCGCCGAGGCUUGGUUCCCAGACCGUCAGCGAUCACUAGCGAAUGUCCUCACAUUUAUUGCAAAUCCAUUUGGUGUAGUACUGGGUACCAUCACACCAUCUUUGUACUUCAGUGGUAGCAACAAGGUCCAGCGCACAUCUUGGCAUAUGUUCGAAUUUGAGAAAAUCCAAAAUGCACCGCUCAUCUCUCGGGAAGCCCCGCUGUAG